AUGGAUUCCCCGUUGAACUCCGCCAAGCGCCUUGUGGCCAAGGUCUUCGCCAAGAAGAGCCCCCAGAAGGUCGCCAAAGACCAAGAGUGGAAGGCUUACAAGGCCAAGCGGCGUGAGUCUGAGCGCGCUCUGAAGCGUCACCGACGCAACGCUCGCAUGGAUGGAUACAAGAACCACUGA